GGAAGAGCCCGUAAGUCUCGCGAUACUUGCCAGGCCGGGAGAGGAAGUGGCGUGGUUGCCUCCGGGGUUUCUUUACCGGACACGCUGAGAGAGAAAAUAAUGGACCUCUUCUGGUUUGCCUGGUAGAAGUUAGGGCUGUUGAUAAUUUUUCAGGAGUCUUAAAGCAAUAGCAAAAUGAAUAACAAAACAAGUUCUUUUUUAUGGAACCUCAGACACUUGAAUCUAAACAUUUGUUCAUUUGGUUCUACAAGCUUUCGAAGAACAAUGAAAGUAGACCCUUUGGAGCUUCAUAAACCAAAACUUAUCUACCAAAAUAAGACAUUAAAAAUUUUUCUUUUUCAUGACUCUCUUCAAAAACCUCAAUCAUCUGUUAGAUUUUUUUGUCAAGGUGCGUUAGUUUUUCAGUUAAAAGGCAAUGAAAUCCAAAAAAGAAGCCUGAACACAUUAACUUCAACUUCAGUUGGCAAACUCUCACACUGUAGACGACAGUCUUUUGACUCACAAUGCUUUCUCAUGAUGCAUACAACACCUCAAAUUGAUGUUGAUGGUCUGAAGAAAAUAGAGGUCUCUGCUGAACAUGAUCUCUCCCAGAAAGAAAAACAGUUAGACUUUGUCAGACAAAGGGACCUCAUUCAGCAGUGUAAUUCCAUGAGUGAUGUUUUGGACCUGUUUUCAAAGUUUCCUAAACUUUCCAGCUGUAACUACUUCAUAAGUAUGUGGAAAAUUGCUAAAAAUAUGUCCGAAGAUCAGAGACGCUUUGAAAGACAGCUGCUUUAUGAACAUCCUGCUUUUAAUCAGCUCUGUUACCAAGUAAUGAAAGAUGCCAAGAUUGUAAGGCUUCAACAGUUGAUGUUCACUCUGUAUGCUUUGAUCAGGAUUGGAAUCCCUCAGAACACUUAUCUGAUUCAUGUCUUGCUGAGGGUGGUGCAGGAGCGUAUCAAUGAAUGCGAUGAGACGUGUCUUUCAGUUUUAUCACGUACGUUAGAAAUCAUGGAGGAAAACAAAAAUGUAGAUGCCCUUCGUGCAGGAUUGCGGCUAUUAGUUGACAAGCAAAUUUGGACACUAGAACACAUCUUAACUCUACAAACCAUGAUGAGAUGUAUUGGGAAAAAUGCCCCAUAUUCUCUUAAAAAGAAAAUAGAGAUAAAAGCCUUGAAAGAAUUAGAUAAGUUUUCUUACAUAAAUAGCCAGCGCAUGUUUGGUGCUCUGGCUGCCAUGAACCACCGUUCUGUCACACUCCUGAAUGAAUGUAGUAAAAUGGUUGCUGCUAAUAUCCCUGGAUGUCCUUUUUGGAUGUUAAUGAACAUGCUGCAAUCCUGCAAGGAUCUCCAUUACCAAAACUUAGAUUUCUUUACAGCAAUUGCUGACUAUAUCACUACAACAUUUGACAUGUGGAAAAUGAAACAAGUUCUUGGUAUUUUAUUUCUUUUUGAGGCCUUGAGAUUUAGACAUAUUGAUUUGAUGAACUUGUUUCUUAAGAAAGUGUUGGAUGAAUCUCAGUUUCUGAAUCAGAAAGAUAUUUUAUGUAUUCUUCAUAUAUAUUCCUCUCUCAACCACUUCCACGAAUGCAAGGACCAACAGUUCUUAGAGGUUAUGACAAGUGCUUUGAAUAGUUAUCUUCCAAAACUUUCAUCCUUAAACCUGUUGAGUGCAGUGUACUGCUUUUGUGUGUUGAAACAUUUCCCUGAGGAGUUUUUAAAUCAACUUUUCCAAGAAAACAUCAUCAAUGAGUUGCUGAUGUCAGAUAAUGAAAGUGAGAAGAUUGAAUACAUGCUACAUCAGGUGAAUGCUUGCUUGGAACUUGAAGAUAUCUCAGCCCUAAAAUCCACAGCUAUACCGUUGAAGGAAUGCUCUUCAGCUUCACUUCAUUCAAAUACAUUGGUUGAAAACAUCUUAUUAAACAUUUUGGAAGAUAAGGGAUUGUUUUUAAAAAAUGUACAGCUGCCACAUAAUUAUUUUGUUGAUUUUGAAUUGAAAAUGGAUUCUAGGAGAACCCAAGUAUUUCCAGUUUCUGAAGCAGAUGCGUUCAUCGCUGAUUCAGAUAUUCUCAGAGUUGCUUUGGUCUGUGUUCCUAGAAAUGCUUUCUGUUUUGGCAGUACUCAUCCCAGAGGAGGGCUGCAAAUGAAGAUGCGUCACUUAAAAGCCCUGGGUUUUCAUGUGAUCUUGGUCAGUACCUCAGAGAUUAAGAAAUUGGAUCUGAAAGCUGCAGUCAAAUUUCUGAAGGCCAAAAUCUUCUCACCAGAAGCUUUCCCUACUGCUACCAAAUUUGCAUCAUAAGUUGUUAAAACAAAUAACUUCAUGGGGAAUUGAGUAUUCAUUAUGAGAAGGAACACAUGGAUGGAUUGUAGUAUUUACCAAAGCCUGAUUUUUGCUCCUAAAUCCACUGCCAAAGGAGGUUUUUCUGGGUGGCUCAUUGAAACAGAUGA